AUGUCACCGCAUCAUGUCCAAGAUCUCCUAACCGAGUCACGACGGGCUAGGUGGAAGGAGGCCUCGGUAUACCAGACAUGGCCUGCGUCCUUCAAGGACUCGACGGGGUCGGGGACCGGGGAUUUGAAGGGUGUCAUUUCCAAAGUUGACUACCUAAAGAAGCUGGGCGUCGAUGUCAUCUGGUUAUCACCCAUCUUCGAAAGCCCUCAAGUCGAUAUGGGGUACGAUAUUAGUAAUUACCGCGUGAUUGAUCCACGGUAUGGCUCUAUUGAGGACGUUGAUGUGUCGAGGGACAGGCUGCACGAACGAGGCAUGAAGCUCGUCAUGGAUCUUGUCAUGAAUCAUACCAGCGACCAGCAUGAAUGGUUCAAACAGUCGCGGAGUUCUCGCAAGGACAAAUAUCGCGAUUGGUACAUCUGGAAGCCUCCCCGGUUUGAUGCUCAGGGCAACCGACUACCACCUAACAAUUGGCAGAGCCAUUUUCAAGGAAAUGCGUGGGAAUGGGAUGAAUGUACAGGAGAGUACUAUCUCCACCUCUAUGGCAAGGAACAGCCAGAUCUGAAUUGGGAAAACCCUGCGGUUCGCCACGAAGUGCAUGAGACGAUGCGGUUCUGGCUUGACCGUGGCAUCGACGGUUUCCGCUUUGACGUCAUCAACUUCGUCAGCAAAGGCCAUGAUUUCCCAGAUUCAUCCGGCGAUUUUUUCCCGGGAUCUGAGUUCUAUGCCGCUGGACCUCGACUCCACGAGUACCUGCAGGAGCUUGGGAGAAUCCUUCAAGAGUAUGACGCCUUCAGUGUAGGCGAGAUGCCAUGCGUUCAUGACACGAAAGAGAUUAUCAAGAGCGUCCAGGAAAACCGAGGCGAGUUCAACAUGAUUUUUCAUUUUGAGCUAAUGGACAUCGAUCAUGGAUCAGAGGGGAAGUUCUUCCCUGGCAAAUGGUCACUAUCGGAGCUCAAGCGCACGGUCAACAAGUGGCAGCAAUUCAUGUACCAUAACAAUGGCUGGAACGCCCUGUACUUAGAGAACCACGACCAACCGCGAGCCGUGAGCCGCUUUGCCAAUGACAGCCCCGAAUAUCGCGUGCAGAGCGCCAAGAUGAUUGCGGUCUUUCUCGGACUACAGGCCGGCACCCCUUUCGUCUACCAGGGCCAAGAGCUUGGCAUGCACAAUGUGCCUAAUGAUUGGCUCAUGGAGGAAUACAAGGAUAUCGACUGCUUGAAUCGCUGGAGGUAUCAUGGCCAAAAUGCCGACCUCGAAACGCGGGAAAUAUUCCGACAGGAAUAUCAGAAAAAGUCUCGCGACAAUGCACGCACCCCCAUGCAGUGGGAUUCCAGCAAGCAUGCUGGGUUUACCUCUGCUGAAAAGCCUUGGAUGACAGUCAACCCCAGCUACACCGUCGUCAAUGCCGCCGCCCAGCUUGAUGACCCCAACUCGGUCUUUAACUGCUGGCGGGCGGUUCUGGAGGCGAGGAAGAGGUACAAGGAUAUUGUCGUGUACGGACGCUUCGACCUUGUAGACGAGAAUAAUGACAAGAUCUUUGCGUACUCACGAACAUCACCAGAUGGUCGGGUCUUGGUGGUGUGCAACUUUUCAGCUGAGACGGUUGAAUGGGUUAGUAUCUCGGCUACCGUCCAAGAGGUGAUUGUGACGACGACUGGCCGACCUCGAGAGGGUCUCCAGAGGGGUGAGAUACAGUUGGAUCCCUUUGAAGCCAUUGCUUUGUUGGUAACGGAAUAG